UACAACUAUAACGGCCUGAAGGAAAGAAGGGUCUGAAAAACCACCCUUUAUUUAAGAACAGUUCAGGGGAUGCAGAACCAACAGACAGUGAAUUAGAGUAUGAUGUCAACGAAUCGCCACGUGAUAACCAUUCAGCUGUGCAGCAGCGUCCAUUACCGUACACUUUGCCGCCGGUUGUGACCACCAGGGUGUCGGAAAGUGGCAACUAUCGAAUGAGUACUAGUUCGCCUUUGCCUUCACGCCUCCAGAGCCCCUUAUCUGGUGUUCGUCCUGCCAGCACAGGGAACCACCACUGCUUGGAAUGUAAACACAAUAAACGAGAACAAUCUGCUAUACUGUCUCUUCUGCAAGAGAUCAAAACUGAAUUGAUAGAGAUGAAAAAAAGGUUUAUGCAGAUGGAUCGCCAGACCGAAAAAAAGGAGGUGACACGGGGGGAACUACCGGAGGGUAUUCAGUUCCCCUUAAAAUCAUUUGAGGAUGUUGCACGUCUUGAGCAGGAUUUAGAGACAGAUCCAGGAAAACGUGCACGCUUGGAAUGCUAUUUGGCGAUGAGGGGAGGCUUUAGCUUAAGCUCGUGGUCAAGAGUAUACUGUCUGUGCUAUUUUCAACACAAUUAGCCCGGUGUUACAACUAUAACGGCC